AUGACACUUAGAUUAGAAAAUAUUAUUAGAGUAAAAACAUCUGAGUGGAAAGAAUGUUUAACAGAGAUUGGGGAAGCUUGUACAGUCAAGUGGGUUAUUCGCAACACCAAUAAGCAACCCACCAACAUUACUGCUGAAGACACCAAAGCAACUGGUAUUAAGUUGUGUUUUUCUCAGAAGUAUUCCUGUCAUUGUUGGGGAACCUAUGAAUCUAAGACAGCUUUGCGUGUGAUUCAAAAGCAAACAAAGAAAAACAAGUGUCCUGCUCUUCUUUGUGUGAAAGGAUUCUUUAAGACAUCUGAGUUAUAUGAAUUUGUUGUUACAAAAGAUCAUGCAGAGCAUACUCCUGGUGAUAUGCGUAGUGACAUUUACAUCCUUCCUCUUGCAAAGAAAUAUCUUCACGAGUUGGCUCAAAUUGAUAUGUUGAGAGCUGUAGAUCGAUAUGGUAGAAAGUCUGAAAGAAAAGUUAACUAUUAUGAUAUCUGGAAUUCGAUGAACAAAAUCAAUAAAAAGCUAUCCAUUGGUCUUUGCUUAUUGUUUUAUGUCAUCUAUGCAGCAAGUGUGGUAUACACAUCACAAUUGAGUGAAGAACAGACUUCACAAUCAAACACUGGUUCCUUCUUGCUAAUGAACCUGGGAAGUUUACAAUCUCUGGAACUGUUGCACAUCAGACACAUGUACACUACACACUCAUACAGUCUGCAGUUCUUAAAGACAUCUUUUUUGCUUGUUGACACAAAGCAAUUUACUAUUAAUUGUUGUACAGCAGAAGUUCACGCCAUUCAGAUAAGUUUCCCUGCAACACCCAUUCAAUUUUGCAUCUUUCAUAUAACCCAAGCAUGGAACCAAAAGUUAUCUGACAGUGUGAAGAUUCUUGGAUCCUCAUUAUCAGAGGCACGAAUUUUACAUGGUGUGAUGAUGAAGUCUCUGCAAGAGAUCAUUUAUGAAGAAGAUAUAGACGAGUUUCAUUAUAAAAUUGUACAAUUUAAAGAAGACUUCGACGACCAAGAAAGCUUCUUGGAUUACUUUGAGAGAAACUGGUGCACAGAAGCAAAGUUUAAGAUCUGGAGUAGAGCAUACCAUAAACGACAAUUCUCCUAUAUGCUCACAAAUAACUAUAUUGAGUCCUGGCACAAUCAAUUAAAAACAGUUUUCAUGAAAAAAUCUAGAAACAAGAGACUUGAUAAGCUUGUUUUUGUUUUAGUACUUAAUAUUGAGUAUUAUCUCACUCAAAAAUACAAACACGUCAUGGCAAACAAUGGUCCAAUGAGUUCUUUUACUAGACAACAAAGAAUACAUGAGAUGGAAGCUGAAGAAGUCGAUGAUGAUGACAGAGAAAUGAUGAUUGUUGCUCCUGGUAUUGCAAAAGAUAGCCAAACAUGCUUAUUUCCUGUACCUGCUUUGAUUAUCAGCAAAGAUAUAAACCUUUUGAAGAAGUUUUUAAGAGGAAGAAUUCAAGAUUUGAAAUUAGGAACGAAGAUUCGUGAGAACUUUUGUAGGUUUUGUUUAUUGAGAAAAGAUUUUGUAUCAAAGUUUGACGAGGUUCCUACACUGAACUACUACUGCUAUUUAUAUUGUUUUGGAUUGGGAAAAUUAUAUGACUGGGGUCAGUCCCAAUGAAGUAUUAACAUCGAAAGUAAAUGUGUUUAUGAGUUAUAAUUAUGCUUAUAAUAAUCCACUGAUGUAUCCCAUAUUAUGGUGAUAUCAUCAUAUGAAAUAUAAUCACUAUCAUGCAUGCUAAACCUGUGUGUUAAAUAAUAAAGUAAUCGGUAGACACCUUU